AUUAAAAUAACAUUUAUUGUCUAAUAAUUUGUAUCAAAUAUAGUUUAGAUAUGCAAUUCCAUAGUGCAAGAAAAAUUACAUGCGAACGACAAAAGGCGAACGAGUAAAGUAAUAGUAUUCAAAAGGCUCAAUUUAAAACCUUACAUCGUAUUGUCUUAUAAUUAUUGGUUUUAAUAAUAUAACGUUACAUACAUAAGUAAUAUUGAGAUCCGACAUAAACAACCACAAUAUUGAACAAACUAACAAAGUGCUUAUCAUGAUACUUACCCGGUGCUAGUCUGUCAACUGUCAAAAGGAAAAGUGCUAAGGGUGGCUGCGCCCUGCGUCCUGCGUCCUCUUUGAAAUCUGAGUUCUGAAUGCAAAUUGCAAAGUUAAAAGUUGUUACCUAUUAAUAAUUUCAUAAGAAUUGCUACAUAAUACAUUAAUAGUUAGAACAUUCAGGUUUUGGUUUAAUAAAGUAUAAAAUAGUAUAGAUAUGUAAACCAUUAAACAUUGUUCAAUUCGAUAAUAUAUUGAUCCCUAUCGAAAUAGCAAAAGACAUAUAGAAACAAAGGAACUGAAUAUUCACAAUGAAUAGAGAUAAACGGGAAGUGGAAUAUCCAGCUGAACUGGAAUCACAAUUCAUUCUCAGAUUACCUGAUGAACCUACAAAAGCCCUAAAGGAACUUCUAAAAUCAGGAGAAAAUUUUAAAAACCGUCUCACCAUACAAAUUGAAAACGAUAUGAGGCAUGGAGAAGUCCGAUUUGACCAUUGGCUAAUGCAUGCAAAAAUUGUUGAUAUGCCAACAAUUAUAGAAUCACUUAAAACAAUUGAUAAUAAGAGUUUCUAUAAAUCAGCCGAUAUUUGCCAAAUGAUGAUAUGCAAGGAGGAACCAGAUCAACCAACAGAUGAAGAAACACCUACAAAAAACAAAAAAAAGGAUCCAUACAAAGUAGAUAAGAAAUUUUUGUGGCCUCAUGGUGUCACUCCACCCACUAAAAAUGUACGUAAACGUCGAUUUCGUAAAACAUUAAAAAAAAAGUAUGUAGAAGGCCCAGAAAUUGAGAAAGAGGUAAAAAGGUUACUACGAGCAGAUAAUGAAGCAGUUAAUGUUACUUGGGAAGUUAUUCAAGAAGAAGAUGAUCCAAAAAGUAAAGCAGAGAGUAAGUUGGCAUCAAAAGCUGAAAAGAAACCUAAAGCUGAACGAGCAUCCAAGAAAGAACCCAAAAAAGAAACCGUACACGCUACAAAGCCUGCUUCAAAUAUAUCAACUACAGAUAUAUUUGGAGGAGCUCUCAGUGACAGCGAUAUAGAAGACGAGAACAUUAAUGUAGAAAUGGAUGAUAGCCAUUUCUCUACAUAUGAUAGAAUGUCUGAUAAUAGCCUCAUGCUUGGAUUGGUUGACCAAAAACGAUCCUUUCCAAUUGAAUUUGAAUCUGAUAUGUUUCAACCCUCCCACAGCAGCAUGAUACCAAAACAUCACAAUCGCAAUGUGACUUCAACUAUCACAAGUAAAAAAGCCUUUGAGCAUUCUUCAGAAGAGGAAAUUGAAUAUAACUUUAGAGAUGAUUCUAAAGAAAAUAUGGGAGUGCGAAUCGAGCAACUCAGAGCUGAACUUGAGGAAUUGAAACAACGUCGACAGAGAACUCAGAACGAAAUUGCUGGUAUGGAGAAUCUAGCCCUGCGACAACGUUUCCAAGAUACUCUACACACACUGAAUCAAGAUAUUAUGUAUAAAGAAAUGGAAUAUCAAGGACUUAUUACUCUGCAAACUUCCGAGGAUAUUUAAUUGAAUCAUUCACCUUCGUAAUAAUUGUAAUUGUGAUUGUAAUAAAGUUAAUGCUACUAACAU